AAGCAUUUAACUUGAAAUCAUUUCAUGCAAGCAAACUUUUAAGGCCAUAUUUUACAUGUACUGUCGAAAUAUUUCUAAUGGUCAGAGGGGUAUAUUUGGUCAACAAAUCUGCGGUCACACUAGUUGGCAGAGCCACUUCGCUGCCGACGGAAAAAAAUCAUGAAAAGAAAAUUUCUCAGCAAACAAAAAGAAAGCGGAAAACUAGCAAGAAGUGGUGCAAAAAGAAAUGUGCAAAGCUGUCAGUGAGACUGCAACUGCAGUUCUGCGUCCAAUGUAAAUGCAAGCUUGCGAGCUGCUAAUUAAAUUAUAAAACAUACAGAAGCGUUAAAAGAAGACGACGACCGUCCAACCAAGCCCACAAUCCCCACUAUUUGGCCUAUUUCGCUGAGGCAGCGCAAAGAAGAUACGACAAUAGGCAGAAAAGCAGAAUCAGAAGCAGAAACAGAAUCAGACAGAAAAACGACUAAUAGAAGCUUUCUCCAAAUCUAGUUUUCCUUGUUGGACUCUCGCCCAGAGGCCAUCGCGAGCCGAGCUCCUGCACUAUGUAGAGGCCAAAAUAUCAUCCAACUGAGAAAGACCAACUAAAGUAGCAACUAAUUGCCUGUCUGGCGGCGAACGGGGAAGGGGAAGGAGAAGAAUCAGAAUCGAAGCAGAAGCGCAAGCGCAAAGAUGUCGUUUAUAACUAACCUUAAAAAGGUCUUUCACCUCGGCGGGGGUGAGGCCAAGAAGAAGCGCCUGUACAACAACAUCAAAAUGGACUCGGAUCCGGCGGAAUUCUGGGAGAUGGUUGGCGAACUGGGCGACGGCGCUUUCGGCAAGGUCUACAAGGCCCAGCACAAGGAGCAUAAACGCUUUGCAGCGGCCAAAAUGUGCACGCUCGAGGAUGAGGAGAACCUGAGCGACCACAUGGUCGAGAUUGAUAUCCUGUCCGAGAUCAAGCAUCCAAACAUCGUCGAACUCUACGAGGCCUUCUCCCUAGAGGACAAGUUGUGGAUGCUCAUUGAGUACUGCGAUGGUGGGGCCUUGGACAGCAUCAUGGUGGAGCUAGAGAAGCCAUUGACUGAGCCGCAAAUCGCCUACGUUUGCAAGCACAUGACGGAGGGUCUGACGUUUCUCCACAAGAACAAGGUCAUUCAUCGUGACUUGAAGGCCGGCAAUGUUCUCCUCACCAUGGAGGGGGGCGUCAAAUUAGCGGACUUUGGUGUCUCGGCCAAGAAUAAACAUACAAUGCAGAAGCAUGACACAUUCAUCGGCACGCCCUAUUGGAUGGCGCCCGAGCUGGUGUUGUGCGAAACGUUUCGUGACAAUCCGUACGACCACAAGGUGGACAUCUGGUCGUUGGGCAUAACACUCAUCGAGCUGGCCCAAAUGGAGCCCCCCAACAGUGAGAUGUCGCCGAUGCGCGUGCUGCUCAAGAUCCAAAAGAGCGAGCCCCCCAAGCUGGAGCAGCCCAGCAAAUGGAGCAAGGAAUUCAAUGAUUUCCUAAAGAAGUCUUUAGUCAAGGAUCCGCAGCUAAGACCCACGUCGGAUGUGCUGGUGCAGCACAGCUUCAUCAACAGGGAUCUGGACUGCAAGCCCAUUAAGGAUCUGCUGCUCGAGUACAAGGCCGAGGUCGUGGAGGAGGUGGUCGAUGACGAGACUGAGAAGCUUAAACGCCAAGUGAAGCGGCGCUCGCUCUAUCAGAGGGAACCCCGCAACUCGGCGCUCCAGCUCGACCUGGACGAUGACUCUGCCUCGCUGCGGAGCCAAGACAUUGACAAACUUCCAGGUACACCUACAUCCAUAUUGCGGGAUUCCAAAGAGCAAUCCCAACCAGCAACAGCAGCAGCAGCAGCAACAGCAGCAACUAAAGCCACAAUCCCAGACAAACAAUCAAACCACAAGGAGGACAAUGCACUGGUGCUGGCUGAGCCGGCAGCUCUACCGCCGCAUACCAAAGUGCCUGCCCCAGCGCCACCCAAUAGCUCUGCCCAACAAAACCAGCAACAACAACAACAACAGACACAGCCACAGCCACAACAACAGCUAUCGCAAGCUGCUGCUGCUGUUGCUCCUGCUGCAGUGCUGCAAAAGAUACCCGAAGAUGUUGCUGCUUCGGAAGCGGACAAAAAGCACUUUGUCAAAAAGGAGAAGGGCAAAGCGCCGCCACCACCAUCGACAUCGUCACCGCCAUCAGGGGCCACCGCAGCAGCCCUUGUCGCAGCCAAUGCAAAGCCUCAGAAGCAGGCAACCACGCCCGAACACCUCUCCCACUCACCCACAUCAGCCAUUGAGGUGGCUAUUGGUGGCACAGAGGCAAUGGAGCAGCAGAAGCCGCAACCACCCUCGCCCACAGCCUCAUCCAUCAUAUCCGUGCAGUCGGUGGCCUCCUCCAGCUCGUCGUCGGGCGGCAGUGUGUCGAAUGCUGUCCUCAGCUCCAGCACCUCCCUGAUCACCAUCAACAGCGAUGCCCCGCCACAGCAGCAGUUGCAACAGCAGCAGUUGCAGCCGCAACCACAGCACCUGGUGCUGCCAAACAGCCUGGAGUCCGUUAGUCAGAUUACAGUGGUGACCAGCACCCAUCCGCCUGUCAUCAUUGACAACUCUGUGCCGCCCCAGAACGAGGUGGUGAUUGUGUCCAACGACUUGAACAAGAGCACGCAUCUGAAUGAGUCGUCCACGGACGACGACUUCCCCUCACUGGACGACAGUUUGGGCGAUGCCACGACACCGCCACACAAGCAAUCCUCGAUGAUAUUGUCCGUCAAUGAGCCAUCGGGAGCUCCAACUGCGCCGCCGCAGCCGGCAGCAGUGCACGCUCGCAAACUGGACGAGAGCGAGGUCCUGAUUGUGAGUCCCUCCUUUGCGGACGAUGAUUCAGCCUACAACACUGCCUCGGGCAGUCACAGUCACGACCACAGCGACCAGCUGAUGGACACCAGCCAUGUGUCCGUGGUCACUGUGGGCGACGAGGUAAUUAAGGUGAAGGACAGCAGCAACGAGGUCCUCAAGCGUCCUCAGCCCAACGGCCUUGUACCCGAAGACGUGAACAUAAUCGUGAAUCGGUUCAAGCCCGCCGCAUCCAGCGACCAGGAGAAGCGCACCUCGCCGGACAGCUCGUUGAGCGAGAACGGUUCGGUGCGGGGACGUCGCGGCAUAGAGGUACAGAUCAGCGGCUCCGAUGUGGACAGCAUCGGCACCAACACUAGUCAGGACAGCCGACACGAGACGGACCACAAGUCGCAGUCGCAGCAGCAGCCAGCUGCCAGCGUGCUAAUGCCGCCGCCUCCGCCGUCGGUGAUGACCAACUACAACAACCAUACGCAGACCAUUGACGAGGAGGAGGAGGUCGUGAUACGGCCGAAGACGCGCGUGCCGCCGGUGGCCAAGUCCGGGGGCUCCAGUGGUCUCACCAAAGAGGAAAUCGAGCUGCGUAACCUGCGCAAGAAGACGCGCAAGCGGACGCGUAAGUUCGAGAUCGAUGGCGUCCAGAUGACCACCACCACCAGUCGGGUGAUCUAUGGGGAUGAGGAGAACGGGCGCAUCUACGACGAUCACGAUUUCCGGAAGCAGGAGCUGCGCGAGCUAAAAAUGCUGCAGAAGCAGGAGAAGAAGCAGCAGACCGAGCUGCAUGUGAAGGAACAGAUGGCCAAGGAGCAGCAGGAUCGCCGCUUCGAGCAGGAGCGCAGCUCGCUGGAGAAGACGUACGAGGCGGACAUGGAUAUGCUGGCCCGCCAGCACAAGCAGCUCGUGGAGAAGACCGAGCAGACGCAGGAGAACGAGCUGAGGUCCUCCUCGAAACGCAUCCGCUCCGAGCAGGAGCAGGAGCUGAAAAUAUUCCGCGAGAACCUCAAGCAGGAGAUCCGUCUGCUCAAGCAGGAGGUCGAUCUGUUUCCCAAAGACAAGCGCAAGGAUGAGUUCAAGCAGCGGCGCUCGGCCAUGGAGCUCGACCACGAGGAGAAGGAGCGCGCCUUCCUCGACUCGCUGAAGGAGCGUCACGAGCUGCUGCUGCGGCGGCUCAGCGAGAAGCAUCGCGACCAUCUGGCCACCAUCAACCGCAACUUCCUGCAGCAGAAACAGAAUGCGAUGCGGACGCGGGAGGCCCUGCUGUGGGAGCUGGAGGAGAAGCAGCUCCACGAACGCCAUCAGCUGUCAAAGAGGCACGUCAAGGAGCUCUGCUUCAUGCAGCGCCAUCAGAUGAUCGUACGCCACGAGAAGGAGCUCGAUCAGGUGAAGCGCAUGCUGCAGCGCAAGGAGGAGGACAUGGUCAAGAAGCAGACGCUCGAGAAGCGUGCCCUGCCCAAGCGUAUACGCGCCGAGCGCAAAGCCCGCGACCUUAUGUUCCGCGAAUCGCUGCGCAUAUCGACGAACCUGGAUCCAGAGAUCGAACGCGAUCGCGUGAAGAAGUUCCAAGAGCAGGAGAAGAAGCGCUACAUGCAGGAGGAGCGUCGCUUCGACAUCAAACAUCAGAAGCAGCUGGAAGAACUGCGCGCUACCCGCGAAAGCGCCAUAAGGGAACUGGAGCAGAUGCAGAAUGAGAAGCGCAAGGCGCUGGUGGAGCACGAGCAUGCCAAGCUUCUGGAGAUCGAUGAGCGCCUGAAGGCCGAGCUUCGCGAGUGGCGCGAGCAGUUGGUGCCCCGCAAACAGAGAGUGAAUGCGCUGAUCAAGACGGCCAUCGAUGAGCACGAGAAGCGCUUUGGUCUGGUGUCCAAUCGCGCGGAGUUCGAGGACCAGGAGGUGAAACUGCCAGAGCGGCUGCGGGGUAUAUUCAACGAGCGCUCCUCCAGACUGGUGCCCCGCAACACCUUCAUCGAUGCGCAGCAGAUGCCGCGCUCGCGCUCCUCGCUCCUGAUGAUGGGCGGCAAUGCCGGCCGAUUGUACAACUUCCGCGGCUCCGCCCCAGAUCUGAGCCGCAGUGUGCCCAGCACCCCCAUCAUGCACAAGCAGCAGCGGGCCCAGAUGAUGGGCGAUUUGGUGCUGGAGGAGGACGAGGACCUGCUGGUUGAGAAAAUGAAGCGGGCUAGCGUCACCACCCUGCCCGGCCAGAGUCAGCUGCGGCUAAUCACCGUCCAGACGCCAACCAACGAGCUGGUUAAGGUGGUGACCAGCACUCCGCCACUGAACAGUGCCGAGGAGUCCAAUGUGAAGCCCGCCAUGAGCACCUUCAGGCAGAGCACGCCCACACCACCACCACUGCCCAAGACGCCAGACGAUCUGGGUCUGGUUAGCAACCGAUUCAGCCGCAUCGAUGCCAAGGCCGCCGAGGAGGCCAGCGUCGAGCUACGCAUCCAAGAGGGGCCGGUGCUGACGGCCCACACCAAGCGCCUGCUGCACUCCACCUCGUUUGCCAUCAAGCGGCCCUCCGUGACCAGUCGCAGCAGCGGCAGAUCCUCCCUGAGCAGCGCCCAGUCCAUGUACAACAUGAACGAGCUGACCAACAGAUACACCAGCGAUGCGGAGCUGAUAUUCUCCGACUGCGGCCGCAAGGCAGCCGCCCUCCUGGAUGAAGUGCAGCCGGAUCUGCGUUCGUCCGUCAAGCCGGGACACAGCCGUCAGAAUGGCAGCGCCGUCUCGGCGGACUCUGCGGCCUCGUCCGACGACUUCUACUGCGAACUGUAUGCUCAGAAGUACAAGCUGCCGCGGAUCAAUCACCGUCAGCUCAGCCUCGAUGAGGAUGCGUCGGCCAUAUAGAGAUGUCUAGCGAUGAACGACGAACAGAAGGAUCUGCCACACUCCAGUUCCCUGCAUGCACUCCAAAUACUAAUCAAUCCAAUCCACAAUACAAUUCGUACACUUACUUACACCGAAUCAAAUGGCUUUCCAUUCCCCCCCGCCUGGUGCUGGUGCUAACAAAAUACAGACUACACUUCCUCCCUGCCACCACUGCAUAUCAUCUGACUAACAGCCUUUGAAAGCUUUCCCCCUAACUAACCACCGUCUAUGCAUCGCCUGCAUCCGGAUAUGCCAUAAUUUGUGUCUUGCCAAAGUUGAUUAGUUUUGUCAGUUAAGCGAAAAAAAUGAAUGAAUGAUUUUUUCCACAUACGAUCGAUACAUAUAAUAUCGCGCCAGACGCGCGCACUCCAUUCUAGCAGUAUUAUCCGAGUACUUAGUAAAAGAAACCAAAAAACAAAAACAAAAACAGAAACAAAUGAGAAUAAAGAUGAAUCGAAACGAAGAGAAACAAUCCGCAUUCCAUGCAUAGCAACAUGCCAAGCAUUUACAUAGCUACUACUAUAUUCUACUCUAGAGCAUAGACAUUCAUUCAUAUGAAUAUAAUCAUACAAAAAAUAUACGUAUACACACACACACACACACACCACACACAUAUAUAUUACCAUAUCGCAAUUUUCAUGAUGCUUCACUGUACACACACACACACCCACAUAUACCCAAAAACAAUGCGCUGCUUUCCAAAAACAAACAUAAAAACACACACAAAAAACAAAUACCAAAAACCAAAAAAAAAAAAACAAAUCUGUAUCCAAAAACUUUUCUUGCCGGCUCUCCUCUUCUCGUUAAUGCGUAAAGCAACUUCAGCAGCGGCUGCAA